AUGACGGCAUUGCGUUUCUCGAGGCCUUCGUUUCACGGCUGCUACAAGUACCCGUUGAAACUGCAGUGCCCCCGCGCAGGAGCGCACCUGUUCCUCGAGAAGCCGCUGUCGAACGCGCCUGUGGACGAGGUCACCAAGUACGCGGCGGAAGUGGAAGCUCUCCGCAAGGAGAAGAAGCUCGUGGUGUCCGUGGGCUACAUGUUCCGCUACUCGCUGUUUGGUGAGAAGAUCAAGGAGCUGCUGAAGGGCAAGAAGCCCGUAUGCAUCAUGGCGCGCUACAACUGCACGUACGCUAGCAUCCCGAGCCCGUUCUGGUGGAACUCGGAGCACUGCGGCGGCCCCAUCGUGGAGCAGGCCACGCACUUCGCCGACAUCUCGCGCUACUUUGUGGGCGAGGUGGACAUGGACACCGUCUACAGUCGCAGCGUGAAGGCCAGCCUCACGCCGGGCGACAUCGGCUACCUGGAGAAGGUUCCCGUGGACGAGACGGCCAUCCCGGCGGAGAACCGAGUGCCGCGCGCGCACGUGGCCAACUGGUUCUUCAAGAGCGGCGCGCUCGGCAACCUGGUGCACGGCGCGCUGCUGCAGGGCGAGGCGUACGACGCAUCGCUCGAGAUCAUGGUGGACGGCCUGCGUAUCGGCGUGGUCAAGCCGUACUCGGAGACGCCGACGCUCAAGGUGCUGCAGGGUGACAGCGACGAAGAACUGACGCUCGAGUUCCCCGGCGACGACAUGUACCUGACGGAGGACCGCGAGUUCCUCAAGGCGGUUCGCGGUGAGGGCGACGACAUCCGAUGCCAGUACCAGGACGCAGUGAACACGUACGCGCUGACGUGCAAGAUCCGCGACGUGGCUCUUGCCAACUAACUCAGCGCGGCAAGUGAAGAAGCUGGCAUAGUCCGCCGUGUGCCGAGUGUAAAGCUCUAAUGAAUGUAUCAACUUUGUCAUGCUG